AUGUUUGCCCUUUUUGGCAUGUUUCUACUGGCUGGUGCAGUAGAGUUUGUGCAUAGCGCCCAGGAACCUAACAAUACCAGUCAGUCUAGCUCCUCUCCUCAUGCAUAUCCUCAGACCAAAGAGCACAGCUGCUGCCAGCUUCUUGCGAACGACUUCGCUCCGCAUCUAUCGUACUCGGGCGAUGCAACAUACGAGCAAUUCUUGAACGGGUACUGGUCAGAGGCGAGUAAGCUUCAGCCAGACUGCAUUUUCACCGCAACAGUGGGCCAAGAUGUAGCUCUUGCAAUCGGUCUCCUCAGCAAGUCCCAAUGCAAGUUUGCCGUCCGUGGAGGAGGCCACACUGGCUGGUCAGGCGCUGCAAACACCGACACUGGUAUCACCUUCGACCUCUCCCAGCUAAACGAGACAAUCGUGGCAUCUGAUAGAACAUCUGUCGCCAUCGGUGCUGGAGCUCGCUGGGAUGACGUAUACGACAAACUGGAUGCCUUGUGUCUCCACGUCGCUGGCGGCCGUUACCCUACCGUGGGCGUAUCGGGGUUCAUUCUUGGUGGAGGAUUCAGCUUCUUCUCUCAACGCUAUGGCUGGGGUUGUGACACUGUGAUUUCCUUUGAGCUGGUAAUGGCCGAUGGAACAUUGGAAACGAUAUCGGCCUCUAACAAGCCUGACCUGUUCCGUGCUUUGAAGGGUGGAAGCAACAAUUUUGGCAUUGUUACAGCUUUUCAUUUGAAAGUGUUCCCAGGUGGGGAUUUCCUCCAGGGGGUUGUGACUUACGACGCCGAUCACGUCACCAGUGUUCUGACUGCUUUCGCGGAAACGGCGAGCACUCCAAUCGAGCAAUAUGACCCAUACUCAGUAUACCUGCUCCUAUUCAGCUGGCAGAAGCAGGCAGACGACAGUGUAACAAGAAGCAUAUCAAACUGGCUCAUUCAUACCAAAGUAUCAACAAGCAACACCACGACCAACACCAUCCCACCCUUCCUCUCCAAACUCGCGCACGCCGCUCCACAGCUAAACAACACCCUCGCCAUCCAACCCCUCCACACCUUCCUCUCCAGCGUCGCCAGUCAAGACAAUCCCUUAUCCCCCGUCGCGUCCUCAUCAAUAUGA